AUGGCUGAUAUAACUGAAGCACAUGCAUUAAAACUAAUACCUGUGUUUUUGGAAGGACAUGCUAAACAAUGGUAUUCGGACAACAAGGAAACAUUUGAAACUUGGAAUGUAUUUAAAACUGAAUUUAUUCGAACCUAUUCUUCACCAACAACCAAACAAUUAGCGUCAAAUCGUUUACGAACUCGUUUACAACAUUACGAUGAACCUGUUAUUGAAUAUUAUACUGAUAUUAUGAAAUUAUGUAAGUUAGUUGAUCCUACUAUGACUGAUGCAUCAAAACUUGAUCACCUAUAUCACGGUUUAAAACAUUCAUUAACGAAGGAAGUUUUACGUCAAACUCCACGAACACCAUCAAACUUUUUAGAACAUGCGCAACGCGAAGAAACUUUGGAUCGUCUUGUUACUACGUCUGUUCAUCAUACCAAUGAUGUCAUUGAUACCAAUACACCUCAUAAUGCACCACUUCAUCCUGCACAACCAAUUACGCCCAUAUGGCACCAAACUUCUCCGAACACGUCUUAUGCUUGGCCUCCACCACGACCAACUCAGUAUCAGCGAUCAUCAUAUCCUUCAAAUUAUCAGCAAUCAUCAUAUCCUUCAAAUGAUCAGCAAUCAUCAUAUCCUUCAAAUUAUCACCGAUCAUCAUAUCCUUCAAAUUAUCAGCAAUCAUCACCACAUAAUAAUCCUUAUAUUUCAAACACAUCGUUUAAUGAUUCAUAUCCUCAUCGACGUUCUGUACAAUGUUAUCGUUGUCACAAGGAGUCAAAUGAUGGUAGUGACUCCCACCCCUCACAACCAUCGUUAUCUUACUCAUCCACAACUCCUGCCUAUUCAUCAACCAAAUUCACAACAUAUUAUCGGCCCAACUCGUCUUAUUAUUCCUCUAUUCGUAAACCUCAACCAAUUAAUUAUUAUUUCAAACAACGUAUCGUCAAUAAAAAUACUAUCACACCUAAUCCUUCAUUAAUUUUUAUUAACACUCUUAUCAAUGGCAAACCCAUACGAGCUAUGAUCGAUACGGGCGCUUCUCAUUCAUUUAUUACACAAUGUGCAUUACGUACACUAUCCUAUUUCCGAUUGUCAUCGUGUGAACGUACCGCCCAAUUAGGUGAUGGUCAAACAACACUUAAAAUAGUUGGUGAAAUUCAGCUGUUACUACAAUUUGAUCAAGUUUUUACACCUGUCAAUGCUCUCGUCACUCAAACCAUGAACACUGAUUUUAUACUUGGUGGUGAUUGGUGUACAAAAAAUAAAGUAAAAAUUGAUUAUGCAAAGAGUCAAGUAUCACUAUAUGUCAAAUCAAUCAAUGUACUUCAUAUACCACCACGUGAAUCUUGUACUGUUCAAGCCAAAGUUGAAUUAUCGUCCGCUAAUACUGUAUAUUUUUCUCCUGCUGACACUAUAUCACUUGAAAGAUCUGUUAUAAUGUUACCAGCCUUAUUACACGUAAACAACUACACAACCUACUUGGAGAUAUACAAUCCUCAUGAUACUACAUGUACAUUACCAAUGAAUACUCGUUUAGGCCACAUUACUCAUACACCACAUAAACUUCAAUCGUGUGUAAUAUAUGAUCCAUCUCGUUGUUCGUCAUCAUGGUCGUCUCAACGUCAUGUCAUUAAUACAAUCGACCUUAAACAAACACCAUCUAACACCUGUAAAAUAAUUGAUAAACUUCUGGAUCAUAUUACCAACUGUCGGGACAAACACCAACUACGUCACAUACUUGAACAACACAUCAAAAUCUUUGAUAUUUCACAUGUUACACAAGCAAACACAUCUGUUCCACACAUUAUUAACACCGGUGAUAGUCUUCCAAUCAGUUCCAGACCAUAUCCACGAACAAUCCAACAACGACGUGAACUUCAAGCUGAAAUUCAAAAAAUGUUGCAAGCUAACCAAAUUCGUCCAUCCAUUUCGCCAUGGUCAUCUCCAGUCAUUAUUCACAAAAAAAAGGAUGGUGGUAUUCGUUUUUUGGUAGACUAUCGAAAAUUGAAUUCAGUAACAAAAAAAGAUUCUUUUCCUCAACCAACAACUGAAGAAUUACUAAAUCGAUUAGGUGGUCAUUGUUUUUAUUCAAAAUUAGAUCUUAAAUCCGGUUAUUUUCAAAUACCGAUACACGAAGCUGAUAAAGACAAAACAGCAUUUAUUACACAAGAUGGAUUAUGGGAAUUUAAUGUACUUCCACAAGGCAUCAUGAAUGGACCACCAACCUUUCAAAGAACCAUGCAUAAUCUUCUUGGUUAUGGACGAUGGGACUAUGUCAUGGCAUAUUUAGACGAUAUACUCAUCUUUUCACGUACUUUUGAUGAACAUGUUAAACAUUUAAAUGAAAUUUUAUAUAUAUUAGCUGAUGUCAACUUUCAAGUCAAUCCUGAUAAAUGUUUUAUUGCUGUUCAAGAAAUCGAUUUUUUAGGUCAUACAAUCAAUGAACACAGUAUAAAACCUAAUGGUGAAAAAAUUAAAGCUAUUGUUGAUUUACCAUCUCCUAGAACCCUUAAAGAAGCAAAUGAAUUUUUAGGAAAAAUUAACUGGUAUCGCAAAUUCAUUCCUAAUUUCGCUCGUAUAGCUGCACCACUACAUAAAGUAACCAACAAAACUAAACAUCGUCGACAUGAAUUUAGAUGGGGACCUGAACAACAACAAUCAUUUGAGGAAUUUCAACAUAUACUAACAACAUCUCCUUUAUUUUUAGAAUAUCCAGAUUUGUCGACUCCAUUUACAUUAACAACUGAUGCAUCAGAUAUUGGCAUUGGUGGAAUUUUAAGACAAGAUACACCAGCUGGAACCAAGAUCAAUUAUUUUAAAUCUCGUGUCUUAAAUGAUACUGAACAUAAAUAUGAUACAUUUGAAAAAGAAGCAUUAGCUAUUUAUUGGUGCAUUACCGAACUUCGAUCUUAUAUAGGUGACUCUAAUAUUAUUGUCGAAACAGAUCAUCGACCACUUGAAAAUUUCCACCUUAAACAAAUUAAUAAUAAACGUGUUAUGAAUUGGAUUUUUAAAUUACAAGAUAUAUUACCACAAAUUAUUGCAGUCAAAUAUUGUAAAGGAGCAAACAAUACAGCUGCCGAUUAUAUUUCACGACAUGUUCCUUCAUCAACAUCGGUUAAUACCACACCACCUGGUCCAACUGAUACACCUCAUUCUCAUACGUGCGAUACUCCUGAACUUAAUGCUGUUACAACGCGAGCACAAGCCAAACUCCUUGCUCCACCACGUUCAUCAACACCAAUAGCAUCUGAAUCUACUUGUUCUUCUCCAUCAACAAGUACUCAAUCAUAUGAUUUUAGUUUAUCACGUAUACGUACUGAACAAAACACUGAUUUAAAUAUUCAAAAUAUAAUACAACAAAUUCGAAAUCAACGUCGCUAUUCAUCGUUUCUUAUUCAAGAUGAUAUUCUCUACAAAUUAGUUCGUCGAGAUAAUACAGUACUUAAAAUUAUCUAUACACCUGCGACUUUAAUUCUGGACCUGUUAACUGCUUAUCAUGAUCACCCGUUAAGUGGUCAUUUCGGUAUUGCCCGCACUUGGACACAAUUACGAAACGCAUAUUAUUGGCCUCGUAUGAAAGAAACCAUCAUGUCGUAUAUUAAAUCAUGUGAUAAAUGUUCCAAAUUUAAUCUCGAUCGACGAAUGGAUUGGUGGGGACCUACUAUUCCUUCACUUUCUGGAAAUCGAUAUGUUCUCGUUGUAACUGAUCGUCUUUCCGGUUAUGUUUUUGCUACAGCAUCACCUACCAAUACAGCUCAAGAUACUGCUCGAAUCUUAAUGGAAAAAAUUAUUUUAGUUCAUGGUCCACCAGAUAUAUUAAUCACUGAUCAAGGUACACACUUCAAGAAUGAAUUAUUACAAGCUAUAUCAAAAUUAGUGGGUUGUGCUCAUGUUUUUUCAACACCAUAUCAUCCACAAACAAAUGGACAAACUGAACGAUGGAAUGCAACAUUUGCUACACAACUCGCUAAAUUUUGUAAUACAGAACACGACAAUUGGGACACUUUUUUACCAUCUAUCGUUUAUGCAUAUAAUAAUGGUAUACAUAGUUCGACUGGAUUUACACCUUAUCAACUUGCAUUUGGACGACAACCACGUCAUCCAUUUCAGCCUCCUGCAACUACUUUCGAAUUUACUAAACCAUAUGAUUAUUGGACACAAUUAAUGCAAUAUAGAAAUACGGUGUUAAAACAAGCGAAAAACAAUGUUCUACAUCAACAGCAACUAUCCAAACUUCGUUUUGAUAAAAAUAGAUCACACCCAAUUUUUUUACCAGGUGAUCUAGUGUGGAUGAAAAUUUUCGUGGGCCGUAAUAAACUCGAUGCUCGUUAUACAGGUCCUGUUCGAAUCAUUCAACUUAUUUCACCGGUGUCUUUUAUUGUUGAAGAUGAAAAUUUUCAACGAUUUCAGCCACCUUAUGCUCAUAUACCUAAUUCGUUUUUACAUCAAUCUUUACCACAAUAUCCAUCGUUAUUACUUUCACCACCACGUGAACCACACACAUCUUCACUGGUACCACCAAACCCGAUCGUAUCAUAA